CAUAUCUUAGACGCACAAAAGACAACAAACAAACAAAGAGACAACGAACUCUAUGAAGACAAUGUAAGACUAGAAAGACAACCCCUAGUUUUUCUAGGGGUUGCCCUAGAAAAACAUCAGCUCCUAGGAAGGGAACAGACCCCUAGGAAAAUAUCAGAUCCUAUUAAGAUAAUACACCCUAGGAAAAUGUCAGACACUAGGAAGAUAUCAAUCCCCUAGGAAAACAUCAGACCCUAGGAGGCAACUGACCCUAGUAAGGUAACAGACCCUAAGAAGAACAAUCCCCUAGGAAAACAUCAGACCCUAGGAGGCAACUGACCCUAGUAAGGUAACAGACCCUAAGAAGAACAAUCCCUAGGAAAACAUCAAAGCCAUAGGACGACAACAGACCGCAGGAAGACAACAUAAUCGUAGCUAGGAAGACAACAGUCAUUAGGAAAACAUCAGAUCCUAAGAUGACAACAAACCCGAGGAAGGCAAUGGACCCUAAGAAGACAACAGCCACUAGAAAGAGAACAGACCCUAGGAAGACAACAGACUCUAUAGUGACAACAAGCCCGGGGAAAACGGUGGAUCCUAAGAAGUGAACAACCAAAAGGAAGACUGUUAACAGACAUUAAGAAGACAAGUCUCCAUGGAGGCAACAGACCCUAGGAAGACAACAGACCCUAGGAAUACAACAGACAUUAGGAAAACAGCAGCCCCUAGGAAGACAACAGACCCAAUGCAGAUAUAACCAUAGAAAGACAACAGUCCUUGGGAAAAUAUCACACCCUAGGAAAACAAGAAACCAGAGGAAGACAAGAAACUUGAGGAAGACAUCAGAAAGACAGUAGACUAUGGGGUGAACAAUCCUGAAGAAGACAAUAAGAUUCUAAAAAGACAACAGCUACUAGGAAGACAACAGGCCCUAGGAAAACAACAGACACUAGGAAGAUAACAGCCACUUGGAAGCAAACAGACACUAAAGGGAGACAACAGAGCGUAUUACGACAACAUACUUAGCUUAGAAAGUCAACAGGCUCUAGAAAAAUAUGAAUUCUAGGAAGUUAAAAUAUCUACAUUGAACUAGUAAUGUCUAUAAGAAUUACUACAUUGUUAUCAUGGUGUGACUUAACGCCAUCUAGAGACAAAAAUAUUGACAAAACUCUAAGCCGGAACGGAAGCGCAGAGCUCGCGUUAAAAUAAAAAUACAAAAUAAAAGUUUUGCUUUGCGUCAUCCGAGGUUUCUCUGAAAAGGUUAUUGUGAGUAGAGUGAGGCUUUCUUUGUUAUGGAUAAGUCUACUGUGAACAGUGGCAUUGUGAAGUGUAGUGAACAGUGUGUGGUGUAGUGAAGCUAAACAUCUAAGAAAAAUCUUCAGAGGAUAGUGUUUUGAACUGUAACGAUGUAAUCUUUGAUUACACUUACAACUGUAGGAAUAUUUAAUAAUUCAAAGUGUGGAAUCACGAAUAAUCCCAAGAAAGUGAAAUGAGCUGGAAUUUUCUUCUUGUAGGAAGAGAAAGGGACAGGACUUUCGUACUGAGUUUAAAAAUUAGUACUCCCCAGUUGCUUAUUUGUUCAAGAGGGGAGUGACCGGGGAGAAUAUGAUGGAAAGUGAGGUGAAAGUGAGAGGGCGGUGUACCCAGUUAGCUUUGCUAGGGCCAAACUCUGAAAAGAGGACAUGGAAAUAAGUCUAGUAAAGGAGACACUGACUUGUAUAGAGAAUUGGCACUCCAACAACCAGAUGUAGAUCCCGAUCAGUGCUAACGAAGGCCCGAUCAGCACUAACGAAGGCCCGAUCAGUGCUAACAAAGGCCCGAUUAACUCCAACAAAGGUCCGAUCAUCGCUAACAAAGGCCCGAUCAUCGCUAACAAAGGCCCGAUCAGCGCAACAAAUGCCCAAUCAGCGAUAACGAAAGCCCCGAUCAGCGCUAACGAAGGCCCCAAUCAGCGCUAACGAAGGCCCCAAUCAGCGCUAACGAAGACCCCGAUCAGCGCUAACAAAGGCCAUCACUGUCGCUCCCAUGUAACAAGCAAGUGUUGUUCUCACCGGAAGCAAAUAUCUCUGAACGACGAAGAUGAAGACAAAGAAGCUCACAACUUUAGAGACGUACAGCGUGGUGGCAGUGCGAGCAAAGGUGUCAGUAGAGGUCGAGCAGAGGAAGCGCCUUGGCACCUGGGCCAAGAGAGUCCUUGUCCUCGAUGGAUCUACACUCUAUGCUUACAAAACUAAAGGAGAUGGUGGCAGUGUGGGGGGGUGGGCGGUUGGAGGCGCCGACGUGCACGUCGGGCGGGGCAGCGACUCGACGAGAGACGACGGGCGACACAUUCUAGUCAUCUCGCGCCAGCCUGCCUACAAGCUCACCUUUUCCUUCAACACUACCUACGAACAGGCCAGGAUGAUAGAGGCUCUGUCAUCAUCUGGGGCAACUGUGACAGGCCUUGACGCCAUAAUGCUUCUGAAGAACUUGAGGAAGCAGCAAAACGAGGAGCAGAAGGAGGAUGAAGAGAGACAAAGAGAGAUAAAGAUGCAGAGAAAAGCUAUGAAAGAGAUGCAAGAGCACAAUGGCAGCAGCACAUCACUUGGCAUCGUCACUGAUGAUGGACAGCAAGCCGAGGAGGAGGACGAUGACGAAGAUCUUACAAUAAAACGCGAGAAGAACAAGGACGAAGAAGAGCUCGAGGAAAUCAAUGAAUCCAUUUACGACUUGAGUACUGGCGUGGUAAGCAAUCCUCUCUACUCCUCUGAACUUGAUUUGCCCAGCAGCAAUGACGACGAUGAGGCUACCACUGAAGGUAAGCAACUGUUCACAUACAGUAGCAGCAGCAGCAUCUCAGAGGCCUCUCCAGCACUGAGUACUCACAGCAUCAUAUCCAAUCAGAGCUCGGAUGGGAAGGUUAAUCCCCUGCCUAAACCCCCGCGCGUGAUCCUGGAGGACCAAAUACAGUCAACAGAGUCACAGAUUCUCCUCCCUAAUGUUGAUGAAAUAGAGAAUGAUGAUGAAAUUGAUGGACAACAGAAGCAUCAGUCAUCUUUAGGUAGUGACGACGAAGGGGACGAGAUCUCCAAAGUCGCACAGGAGGAAGCUUAUAGGUCCAGUGAGUCUCUUCAAGAAGUUGAUAGUGCACGUAAAGAUGCUUGCAGUGAGGUGAUCACUAAUGAAGAUGGAAAGAUAGCUGGAGCUAAACCUUCAUCAUAUACCAACCAUAAGAGUUCAGAGGAAGUUGAGGAUCAUAAUCAAGAGAAAAGUGUACCUGAUAAAGACGUUGCUCAGGGUGAGUGUGAACCAAUUUUCAAUCACGUAUUGGAUAAGGAGAGUAAUAAGUCAGAUAGUUUGCCAGAAAAUAGGCACUUCUCUGAUAAUGUUAUAUUAAGCCAAGAAGAAAAAGAAGAACUCAAAGAAGAAUUGCUUGAUGAGAACCACAAGUAUUUAUCCAGUAAAGUAAAGUUGGAGAGAGAUUUGUCUAUGGACCCUGAAAGAAGUGGAGUGCCUCCAGAAGCUAGCCCUCAAGACCUGUAUCUGAGUAAUGGUCUCAACUCCUACCUCGACUCCCUCUCAAGUGACUCUCUUUCUUCUUUCAAUGAUCACCAGAGCGAGAAUGACAAAGACACUAUUACAACUGAGAAUAAAUUGCAGGCUAAAAGUGAAGAAAAAGAAGAAAACAGGGAAACUGUAAUGGGAGAUUUUGUCAGUGAAAUACUCAGCGACAGUGAAGAGAAAUUUGAACAACUGUACAAUGAACUAAAUAAUAGUUCUCAGAGAGAGCUACAAACAGAACAUUAUAGAGAAAGUGAAGAACUUGGGGAAAUUGAAAAUACUUCUCAAGUUGGUCCUGAAGUGACAGUCAAAGAAAAUGGUCACGCUGUAGAAGACUCUGUCGAUUUUCCUUCCAAGUUCUCUGGCGAGGAGCGAACACUGAAGAGGGUUAACUCAAUUAUCAAGAAAAGAGGGACAUCAUCCUCUAACACUGUGGCGACCAAAAGGGUGCAAUUUAACCUUGACAUGAACGAGACUGAAACAUUGCAGCCCUCCUGCUCCCCUGAGACUACAUUAGCCCUGAGUACAGACGCAAUGAUCAAGAAGAUCGGGGUAAGUGCAAAUUCAACUACCAAGAACCCUGAUUUAAAAAGCAGUAGGAAAAAAAAGGAAGAGCCAUGGACGAUUCCUGCAAGUCCUAAAGUGAAGAAAAAAGCUCUUGAGACCACCAUAGGCCCAGGGAAGCUGGAUAAUAAGAAGACAGAUUCAAAAUCAGGAACUCUAUCGAAGAAAAUGGCACCAUCGUCAGAGGGCACAUCAUUGCCUUCUUCCUCGAAGAAAAAGAUGCCGGAUUCGUUUGUCGCCUCACAAACAAAGACAUUGGACCCCUCUAGUAAACUGUCUCCCAUAAAAAAGAAGGGAAUCUUUACCUCAAUAUUUUUCAGUUCAUUGCCAAAGAAGAACGACGCCUCAUUGACGAAGGAAGACGUCAGAAGUAAGAGGAAAUCUUCAGAAGUUACAAACUCGUCCGUCAAGCGACAAACAAUGGUAGAUCCUAAUGCACCACUUGUUAUCUCUGGCCAAGUGGAGGUCGGAGGGAGCAUCAAUGGGAAGAUGAGUCCUCGACGUGUUGAGGUGCGAGACGGACACGUGAUGGCAUUCCUCCUGGGGUCUACGACGCCCUCCUCAAGAAUCAGCCUCAGAGCCCUCUCAGUCACGCCCAUCCUGGGAAGUCUACACCCCCAUGUUCUCUCCAUCUCCCGAGUCUCUCGUUGCAUGAUGGUACUCAAGCUUGCGUCAAAAGAGGAAAUGAUGAUGUGGAUCCACAAGUUAUCUGACGAAAUACUGAAGGUGACCCCAGAGAAUCAGCAAGCCGAUCUUACCCUCUACCCAUCCACUCGUGUGCAGGGCCAAGAGAAGAAGGAUGAUGAGCAAAGAGAACAAGAAAAAGAACAAGUGGAAGGAAAGGAACAAAAUGAAGGAAAUGAAGAUAAUAAACAAGAAGAUGAAAAGAGACAAUAUACUGAAAAUAAAGAUGAACAGGAACUGAGAGAUUCAAUGAAAGAACAUAGAGAAAAGGAAGAAUUACCCAAUGGUGAUUUAGGAAAUAAAAUUUCUGCCACCAAGAGGCAAGAAGAAGCCCUAGGCAGUAGUGCUGAUGUGUGUCUUGGUGACCUCGACAACACACCUAACACGAGAGCCGAGGAAGAUAUUGAUGAUGUCGAUGGCUUACAAACGUCCUUUUCUCAGCGACAACUGGACAAGGUCAGCGACGGAUGGAAUCAAACACAGAGUAAUGUUAAUGAUUUCAGCGAAACUUUGAAUGAACAUAGAAAAAAUGCAAAAAAACUUUCUGAAAUUCAAAAGAAAAUUCAGCAGUUUUCCCAGGGAGACAGUUGUAAGGAGCAGAGUGUGAAAAUGCACACAUGGCAGAUGGAAAAAGAAACUAACAAGAAAAUUGUUACAAUCAAGAAUCAUCACCCACCUCUGCGUCGACUGUCUGCCCAUACCGACGUCAGCUACCAGAACAGUAGCACAGAUACCGUUGACAACUUCCUUAUAGUAAAUGACCUUCCAGGAUUUCCAUCAAACAAACGCCGUCCUGCAGGACAGCUCAAUCGGUCUAGUCGCAUCAUUAGUGCAAGUGAAUCUUCUUUGCAAGAGUCUUCUGUGAAGGCUCGAAUGGACACAAAAGUCACUGAAAUGCAGAGGUAUGGAAGUGAGACUCUCUCCCAGACUAAUUCCUCAGAUCAGUGGUAUCACAAAAAUCAAAUUACUCAGGAUAGAAUCUUGACCUGUCAAUCAGGAAGCCAAACGAAAGUAAUUGAGCCGACAAACCAGUUUGAAGGGAGGGCUUCUCUCCCAAGCAGAUCCUCCAAGUUAUUAUUUUCCGACUUCCACUUUAACCAGUCAAGGCCCAUUGAAAUCAUCGAGAACACAAGUAACAAGCACUUGUCUGAUAGCAACAGUGGCGCAAGCUACAAACAUCUAAUCAAUACCCAGGAGUCUAAAUAUGAGGGGAACUUGAGCAGUAGCGAAACCUCACUACCUGAGAAAGAUGGUUCUGAGAAGAUACCGAGAAUUACCUGGUCGGUUGCAGCUACUAAAGAAAAAUUUGAGUUAUUGUGCUCUGUCAGCGGCGAGAACAAGGGUGGAAGACUCACAACCAAGACGCCCAUCUCUCGCAAGAAGUCGUCUAGGGGGACUGUGAAGAAGAAGCGUUCUAUUGAGGGAGUCGCAUCUCGAAGGUCCACCGUGCGAAGAGGUACAAGAAAAUCAUUUAUUGGCGGGGAUUUAAGUAGCAGCCAGGAAGUGCAGGGAGACACAAGCGACAAUGACAUGGAGCAUCAUUCACAGCAGGAUCCUCUCAGAAUUCAGCCAGUAAAGGAACUCAAGAAAAACUUUGAAAUAAAUCAGUCAAGUGGUUCGAGUCCUAAAGUUAUCCACGUGCCAUCAGCAGAGCCCAUUGAGGACUCGGCAGUGGCCAAGAAGUCUCCUCUAAGAAAAACGUCCAACGUCUUUAAGGAGCUGUAUUCACCAGUGUCGUCUCCCGAGCUGAAUAUCUUAACCAGUCGAUCGGUCAAUGUACGACCGUCGGGUGUUGGAUUAGUAAAAGACAAAGAAAUGCUAAUAUCUUCAUCUAAUAACUCUUCACGAUCAUCGUCAACACAAGCCAGAGACGUCGUCAUUUGCUGGAGGGGACCAUACAUUGCUCAGGAGGAUGAUUCCAGGAAGAAUUGGAUUCCAAGAGGGCUCUGGGUGAGCAAGGAACAGCCAGCAGAGACAGUGGCGGCAGAGCAAGCGGUACUUGCUAAUAUCAGCAACGCCUUCUUGGCCAAGCGUCGGCUCUUGGCGAGGGAGGUGGCGGCCGCCAGGAUCCAGGAGCGCCUCUCUGGUCUGGAAGAGAAACUCUGGGACCUCCAGGCGACCAUGACAGACAUCGACACUUCCACCAGCAGCGCCCCUGGUGCCAGGGCUCCCAUAGAGAUGAAGGAUUGGAAGUCCAAGGAAAAGUCUUUGAAAGCAGUCGAGGAAGAAAUUGCCUACUGGACCAGCCGCUUUGAACGGAUGCAGAAAGAGGCGGAGGAAGCCAGGCAGAAGCUCGCUUUAGCACUUGCUUCAGGCUUCGCCCAGCAGCAUAGCUUCAAAACUCCCGAGGAGAGAUCAAGGAAUAGCAUUCGCUCCAAGCGCCACCGAAACACACAACA